CGAAAGAGAAAAGAAAAGAACACUUCAACUAACUGUCACUAUAAACUACACUUUGAGACUUUCCCAUCUCUUUGCUGCAGAGGGAGAGAGAAGAAGAAGAUGUGGUGCUUCAGAAGAAGGGGGCCAUCUGGGUUCUCAUCAUCUUCCACAGCAGAAGAAGUUACUCAAGGGAUUGAUGCCACUGGUCUCACCGCCAUUGUUACAGGAGCAUCUAGUGGUAUUGGCACCGAAACUGCACGCGUUCUUGCACUGCGUGGCGCCCAUGUGGUUAUGGCAGUGAGGAACAUGGCUGCCGGUAAAGAUGCAAGAGAACAAAUAGUGAAGGCAAUUCCCAGUGCCAAAGUUGAUGCCAUGGAAUUGGAUCUCAGUUCGUUAUCAUCCGUUAGGAAAUUCGCCUCGGAUUUCAAUUCCUCUGGUCUUCCUCUUAACAUCCUAAUUAACAAUGCAGGAGUGGCAACCCCUUUCACGCUUUCUAAAGACAAGAUCGAACUUCAGUUCGCGACAAACCACGUAGGUCAUUUUCUUUUGACAAAUCUUUUGUUGGAUACUAUGAAGAAAACAGCACGCAAAAGCGGCAAAGAAGGGAGAAUCGUAAAUGUGUCCUCAGAAGGUCACCGCUACCCGUAUCCUGAAGGAAUUCGUUUUGAUAAAAUUAACGACCAACAAGGGUACAGCAACUUUCGUGCAUAUUGCCAAUCGAAGCUUGCUAACAUUUUGCACGCUAAUGAGCUUGCAAGACGCUUAAAGGAAGAAGGAGCUGAUAUAACUGCAAACUCGCUUCACCCUGGUGCAAUUGUUACCAAUCUGUUUCGUUAUAACAGUGCUAUUAACGGGCUUGUUAAUGUGCUUGGUAGAACUGUGCUUAAAAAUGUUCAGCAGGGAGCAGCAACGACGUGCUACGCGGCACUGCAUCCCCAAGUCAAGGGGGUGACCGGCGAAUAUUUCUCGGACUGUAACCUAUCCAAGCCAAGGCCACAAGGUCAAGACGUGGAGAUGGCAAAGAAACUAUGGGAUUUUAGCAUGGAUUUGACUAAAUGAUCUUCGCAAGACUUAAACUCUGUAUAAAUACUCAAGGGAGUGCCCUUUGUGCUGUGUCGUUUUUAGGGUCAACGCGUUCUAAGAUUCAUACAGUGUACUCUCCUUACUGGAAUAACGCUUAGCGGUGUUUGUUUGUUGUUUGAAUAAUAGACUCCAAGAAUGCUGUUACUUAUAAAUCAGAAGUCGAACAAUAUCCUUUCAAAGUGAAUAAACUCCUUUUUUCUGCUCGUAA